AUGGAUUCCAUACAAGAGCAGGUGGUGAAAUUCAAGAAUGACUACCAACAUAUCAAAGAACUGCCAUCAACAAAUGCUUCGCUUCUCCGCUCAUCAGGGCAUGUCUUGGAUGAGGAAACUACUCUUGUUGGAAUGGAGGAUGUCUUCAGCAACAUAAGAGAUCAACUCACAGGGCAAGCAUCGGAGCUGAAUGUUGUCUCAAUUGUUGGCAUGGGCGGUAUUGGUAAGACAACUCUUGCCAAAAUAAUUUUUAGCGAUCCAUCAAUUGUUUGUCGAUUUGAUGUUUCUUCGUGGGUUAUUGUUUCUCAAGAAUACGAUGCAAGAGAAAUGCUUUUAGAUGUUUUAAGCUUUGUUACUCCCGGUGCAAAGUUAAUAUAUCACGGAAAGACCUAUGACCAAUUAUUAGAGCUAGUGUAUAGAAAAUUGAAAUGCAGGAGGUAUCUGAUAGUUUUGGACGAUGUAUGUAGCAUAGAAGCCUGGGACCAUGUUAUUAGAUCAUUUCCUGAUGAUAAUAAUGGAAGUCGAAUAAUAAUAACUACUAGGCUUUUGGAAGUAGCUGAUUCUGCUAGUAAUGGUUGCCCUCCUCAUCAUGUGCCUUUCCUUAAUUCUGAAAGUAGUUGGAAUUUACUGUCUGACAAGGUAUUCGGGAAGGAAGACUGUCCUCCUCAACUGGAAGAAAUUGGGAAGCAGAUAGCACAACAGUGUCAAGGAUUACCUCUCUCAGCUGUAGUCGUUGCUGGGCUUCUCUCUAAGAUUCCUAAGACAUAUGAUGAUUGGAAAAAAGCAGCAGAAAAUGUGAUUUCACAUGUAGGUUCAACCUCUGAGCAGUGUUUAGCAAUAUUGGCUUUGAGUUACAACUACUUGCCUUGCAGCUUAAAAGCUUGCUUUCUUUAUAUGGGGCUUUUUGCAGAAGAUGCAGACAUUAAUGCGGAUUAUCAUGAAAAGUUGGAAGAGGUAGCGGAAGAGUGUUUAGUGGAUCUAGUUAGCAGAAGUUUGAUCAUUGUUAGUAGAAGUGGGGCCAGUGGCAAAAUUAGAAGUUGUAGAAUUCAUGACCUUGUUCGACUUCUAUGCUUGAGAGAGGGAGAAGCUGCCAAGUUUUUUCAUGUAAAGGGUAAAUAUUUCAAAGUGUCUCCUGAAGGUAAGCAGGUUAUACGGCGAUUAUGUUUGCAUCCAGAUGAUUUACAAAACAAGAAUCUUGGACUAGAGAAAGAUAGUUUGGAUUCAGUUCGUACCAUCUUGUGCUUGGGCGAACCCAAUACUUAUCUAGAGGACCCUGAAUGCUGCAAAAAGAUCAAUUCUCGUUUUCAACUGUUAAGGGUACUGGAUCUUGAAAGUAUUCGCUUUUCAUGUUUUCCAAGUGAGAUAACACAACUAGUACAGUUGAGAUAUGUUGCUUGUACCACUGGUACCGAUGUUCCAGCAUCAAUAUCCAACCUAUGGAAUCUACAAACAUUGAUUGUUCUUCCAGUUACAAAUCAAUUAUCCCUGCCGCAGGAAGUUUGGAAGUUGUCAAGUUUGAGACAUUUCAAUCCUGGGGGAAUGUGUGUGCAUGCCCCUUCUAUCACACAUAAUUUCUUGGGUCUUGAAAACUUAGAAACAGUUGAUUCGAUACGCACUGCUAAUUCCAAUUGGAAGGAAAUCUUUUCAGCAGUCCCUAGAGUACAGAAAUUGGGAGUUUUGAUCCAUCCAGAUCAUCAUUAA